AUGGGGGAAUGGUUGAUGGGGGUGGAUGUUGUGGGUUACUUGUUGUGUUUGGGUGAGCUAGAAAGAAAGGAAAGAGAGAAGACUGCGAGUUUCAAACGCCUGGUCCCAGCGGGUUCGGGUCGCUGA